UAUGAGCGCAAACCAUUCACUCGCUCAAAGUCUCCGGCUGUACAUAACAGAGGGUACUCAAGUGGUCAGUCGCUGCCUCCGCGACCGAUGUCCCCGUCAAUAUUUGCUCGCCAGAAGGUGGCGCUCUCGGAAAUCCGACAUUUGCUUCCUAGCUUCUUGUACUUUCCUGUACGCGUAUUACCAUGGGCGACAAAGUGGAAAGUCACUCUAGACUUGCGGCAAGGCAUCGAGAAUGGCCUUCUCAUUUGCUCUCUCGGAUUCGCGGCUGUGAAAAUGAGGGGGCGCACACCUCAGCACCUGUCCCCCGAAAUGUGGAAUACCCAACUUGCUUUAUUGACGGUUGCAUGCAGUAUUUAUUUUGUUUUGACGCGUUUGUCUUGGAAUAAAGUAGCCCCAACUACCGAUACCAGCUCGAGGCAGACUAACCAGCCCGAUAGACCUGCUUCACCUCGUUUUGGGGAGGCCCGUGACAGCAGACGUACUCCGAUACUUCCACCGAAUAGUCUAUCACGGAGCAGCUACUUUGGCUUCGUGUGGAUGACUGUACCAAAAAACUACAGGGACUCCGCCGACGAUGGCGUCUUGACCGGGCUCAUAACCGGCCCUCUCAUGUCGGCUGGAUUCCUUUACCUGUCAGAAAAUGCAGCCGCUGUAACUCCGCCUACAAACCCCCUUCCAGCCGCUUGGCAGAUAGAACAGCCGAAGGUUCUCAGUAAUACGCAACAUCCGCUGACGGCCCUGGACGCCUUACUUCUUUCACGGCGCAACUUGGUGAACAUGGCAACGGUCUGUUCCACCAUCGUCAUCAUCCAUGUGAUCGCGUCGUGGAUGACGGAACGGCGACAUCGACGCAAGGUCCAGGUCCCCGAGGGCGAGGUAAGCUCCGUGCCUCGGAAGGAAGGGCGCCGCACAUACCUGUAUGCGCUAUUCAGUAUCUCAGUGAGCCUGUGGGUUCUCUGCUCGCGGAUUGCCUUGUCUGAGAUGAGGAUGGGAAUAUGGCAAAACAUCAACUACUAUGAAAUCACGGCGUGUUCGUUGUUUUUCCAGUUCUCCCUAUACAUUUCCAUCCGCAUGGCACACCACGGCUUCACACUCGGGGAGCUGACCGUGGUGUGCUUUGGCGCGACGGUGCUCUUCAUGGAAGCCCUCAACCUCACUUUCGCUAGUAUAUGGCCAAUUACCACGCCAUUCAUCAAAACGUACCGCCUUCCCACCCCGCUGCUCGUCU